AUGGCUUCCCACCCUUCCACCAACCAAGAUCUCAUCAACGAGCGUCCCGGCACCUCAGCUGGCGACAGUAGCCCUGUCUCCGCUGGCUCCCCGGCCUCUACCAACAUGGGACCCGAGUACCACUCGCCUGAGAUGCAUCCUCCCCACUCGCACCCCAGCAUCAAGCACGACCACACCAACUCCGGUCGUCGUCUCACCGACGAGUUCGAGCAGUCUCUGAGAGCCCGUGCUGCUGCCACUGGCAAGCAAGACGACAUCGACGCCAUUGGCAUUGCCAUCGGCAGCGACCACGGUGGCUCCGAUGUUCCUCCUGCUCUCUACCCUGGUAGAAAGCAGAGCUUCAAGAUCGACGACAAGAAGAGAGCUGCCAUGGAGCACAUCUUCAACUCCGAGCCCAAGGCUGGCUACACCACUUCCACUCCCAAGAACUAG